AUGUACUCGCUCAACGCCGACGGCACACGUCUCUACUCGCUGAAAAAGACAACAGCAGAUGGCAAGAUGACAAAGUCCGCUCACCCUGGUACGUCUCCCGGAACCGAUUGGAUUGGGCCCAGCUUCCGUCCUGGAUCGUGAGCCGUGAGCUGACGAUGAUGUCUUCCCACACACACCCCCUACAGCCCGCUUCUCGCCCGACGACAAGUUCUCGAGGCAUCGCGUUACGAUCAAGAAGCGCUGUCAGUAUUUUGAGACGGCAUCGCCGUGA